AUGACCCGAAGAAGACUUCCUGGAGUGAGAAGAUCAUUUGUAAAAAAGGAAGUGGUCGAUCAACCAAUAGUUGAAAAUUCUCAUCAUCAGGCCAAUGAAGAAAAGGAACAGCAACAAACACAACAGCCUCUGGUUAAGAAAGAAAUCCCUAAGAAAACAUCAUCAACAACCACUCCUUCGUCCAAUAAUAAGGCAUCCAAGAACAACAAGGAACCGAUAACAACUGCAAAGGCUUCCUCAUCCUUGGAAUCUCUUCUCCAACAACAACACUCGGAAAUCAUCUCUCAUAUUAAUUUUGCAAUGAAUGCUUAUGGCUCUUCUUUGAAUACCAUGAAAGAGCAAUUUAUGAACAUGCUGAAUACAUGGAAUGAAUCACUUGAAACUUUUAGAAAAUCCAUGAUUUCAUUGGAAAGGGAGAGAAUGAAAAGUUUGGAAUUGAUCAUGAAACACUCUCAUCAAAUUAUUCCGAUGGCAACAACAGAACCAGCCACACCAUCAGUAUCGGGAAAGAAGCGCACGGAUGAUCAACCACAACAACAGGCUUCUACGGCCUCCAAUGCAACCACCUCACAAACCACUCAAAGUAAGGCAAAGCAAACUCCGUCAAAGGCGAAGGCAUCACAAACCUCCUCACAGAAUCAUGUCACCAAAGAUGCUUCUACAAUCACAACUGCCACAACAACCACUACUAGUACAACACAAACAAUCUCCCCUGCUGUUAACAAUGACGUCAGUAAGAAUGCAACAACUACUACUCAAACUAAGAAUGCAAAAGCUAAGACUAACGGUGGCGCUACCACAACAGCCUCCACCACUACUAGUACCACCCCUACUCCCUCUUUAGGAUCCCCUAAAGAAAUUGUCAUUCCUUCAACAAAACUCUUUUCACAGUCACACACUCAAGACAAGAAUCUCCGAGUUGUAUAUUUGAGAGGAGAUUCUUCAGAGUCUAUUAAGCAAGCAGGAAAGAUAUUCCAAAAACUCUCUUUGCAAAAUCAAGUCUAUGCCUUAAAUAUUUUGUGGAAUGUGAAGGAAGAGAAAGCAACCACCCGUAAAGAUAAUGACACAACUCCAAUUGUUCAAAUGAGAUAUAUCGUGUUGUGUGACGCUAGUGCCAUCUACUUGUACAAGGUUGCAAGUCGAGCUGAAAUGCAACAGAACAACAUUCAACAUCCAAUACCUUUGAGUUUGAACCAAUUAUUAACCAACAAGAAAUGCUUAAAGGUUGGAAACGACAUUCUCGAGAAGGUCACAUUUUUGUAUCAUAAUCUAGAUGAGCUCUAUAUCAAGCCUGUUGCUGACGUUGGUGAAUUGCCAUCUAAGAAACCAUGCACAACCUUUUUGGAAUUAUUGAGCACAGAAUUGGAAGUGUCAACACAAACCUUAACGAAAGAAUUGAAAUGGAACGAUUUUUCUGUGGACUAUUCUCAAGAUUUAAGCGAUGCUCAAGCAAUCACAGAAGCCAAAAAGGUAUGGCUCCAAUACAAGAUUUUUGAAAAUUCUUUCGAGGCCAAGAAACAAGACGGAGAAAAUUUACAUGCCUAUGCUUGUCGAGUUUUGAAUGUGAAAGUAUAA